AUGGCAGUUUCCUUCCUUUUCUCAGCAUCGGUGUUGCUCAUAGCCUUGUUCUGCUGUCAUGCAACCGCUCUCCAACAGACAACCCAUGACACUGGCUGCAUCCAUUUGCCCGUCGUCCAUUCGACCAAUGUCAACUACUUUUCCAGCAAACGAGGCGUCCAGUUGCAGCUAGCAAACCGGUCAGAUGUUGCCUACUAUGCUCAACUCAGCAUUGGCACGCCUCCUCAGCCGGUAUUUGUGCAGUUGGACACGGGUUCUUUUGAGUUGUGGGUGAACCCGGACUGUACGACGGUAUCGGGAGCCGACGCUGUCUUCUGCGAGCGGGCCGGCCAGUACGACACCACCAAGUCCUCGACUGCCACCUCGCUCGGAACCACGAGAACGCUGCGGUAUGGGAUCGGGAGCGCCAACAUCACCUACUUCACAGACACGGUCACCCUCGCUGGCAGCCCUACAGCUCUCCAAGGAGUCCAGUUUGGCGUGGCCACCGCGUCAGAAGACGCUUUCUCAGGUAUCCUGGGAAUAGGAUAUGGGAAAGGCAUUGCCACCAGAUAUCUCAACUUUGUGGACCAGCUGCGAGCACAAAAUGUUACUCGCGUCAAAGCGUACACCCUCGCCUUGGGAAGCAAGGAUGCGCAAGAAGGAGUUAUCGUGUUUGGCGGCAUCGACACAUCAAAGUUUGCCGGCAGUCUGGUUAAGCUACCAAUCAUCCCAGCCCAACAGUCACCCGACGGCGUUCCUCGAUUCUGGGUUGGCCUGAAAUCCGUCUCGAUUACGCCUCCGAACGGAGUGAACAGGGCGUACGAUGACAGCAGCACGCCCGUGUUUCUCGACAGCGGGUCCACAAUGACGCUCCUGCCGCCGAACCUGACGAGGGCCAUCGCCCGUGACUUCGGCGUGCAGGAGCCGGAUUCCAAUGGAUUCUUCAGGAUUGAUUGUUCCCUAGCGGCGCUGAACGGCACGCUCGACUUUGCUUUUGACGGGGUGACGAUCAAGGUGCCCUACAAGGAGCUAACGCGGGAAGUAUCCAGCAAUCCGCCGGCAUGCUUCCUUGGAAUCAUGCCGAGCGAGCGUUUUACGUUGCUCGGGGACACCUUCUUGCGGUCAGCUUACGCGGUCUUCGACCUCGAAACCGACGGAAUCUGGAUGGCCCAGGCCACGGACUGCGGCUCCUCGCCUGCCGCCCUCGGCAAUAUCCAGGAUUUGUCCGCUGUCACAGGUGCAUGCGGGGUGACGGCUUCGGCUGUCAACGGCGCGAGCGGUACCCCAAUUGCCAGCCCAGGAGUAGAAAGUGUUGAGGCCGUGCCGGUUCCCUCCGUUGUCCCUCCUACCAUCGGGUUACCACCGGCCAGCGGGACAGCCCAAGGGACAGCCUCUCAGGGUAGCCCGAGUCCUACAUCAAGUACUGGGUGUGGCCCACAGAGUCCGAUUGGACGUGUAUGGAGUCUGGGAAUCAUGGUGCUGUUACAUAUCUUACUGGGUUCAUGA